UGUUUAUUUAGUUAUAUUUCACUUAUAUUGUUCAUUGUAAACAAGAUGUAUAUAUGUGUUGGUGAAAAAUACUUUAGAUUUUUAUUUUUCUGAAAUAAAAUGGAACAGAGUUGUCAAAAGGAAGUAAAAUAUACUGAAUUUAAAAGAAAAACAAAUGGAAACAUGAAAGUUAUUGAAAAAAUAUGCAGCCUAUUCAUUUUGAAAACAGAGAAGAGGACUGUCACUUGGGGUUGGAGGCAUAAAAAGAAUGAUGUAAGCUCAGUAACUGCUUACAGUACAAAGAGCUUGUUAUGAAAAGGAAGGGGGCACUAAGAUCCUGUUUCAGUUCUAGCGUAUUAAUUUUUCUAAUGUUUGUUUAUCGUGUUAUUAAUGUUAUACCCUAGGGAUCAGGGGAAGUAAACUUGAUAUUGAAUUGAUAUUACUUUAAAAAAAAGAGAUAAAACAUUUUGUAACACAGUGUAGAAAUAACUUUAAUAAAUGUCUUGUCUAUACACAAAUUUAUCAUUGAAAUAAUACAUAUAAUACAUUCUGGUUCUUGGCAGGACUUCUAUGAACAAGUAUAACACCAAAUUGUACACUGAACACAAAAGUGUGCCCAACAUAUCAGUUUAGAGAAAAAAAAGUUAAUCUUUGCUCCUGUAUAAAGUUUUAACUAAAUGCUGUUAAAUGCCUUUAUACAACAAUUAAGCCCCAUAAACAGUACUAGAAAAAUGCCUGAUGUUGUUCUGUGAAAUAUAGAAUAUUUUAAAUAUAAGUAGCAGUUUUAACAUAAAUAUGUUUUUCUGCUGAAAUGUGCAAAUUAACACAUCUGGGCUGGUAUGCAUCUGGUUAUAAGAUAAGAUGUGGUAUGAGAUAUGAAACUGAGCCUUGUGGUAUAAGACUUAUAUGGCCUUUUACUUUUAUUUAAGGAAUAGCUUUGUGAAAAGUCUGAUGUCAUUUAAAACCUGAAGCAAUUUAUCCUUUUUAAAAGCAACGGUUUAUUGUGGAAACCUAUAUAUGACUGCUCAGAAAAUGUGUUAGCAUAAAUGUAAAUGUAAUUGUGUUCUUGUUAUUACUAAUGGUGACCUUGACUCAGUCCAGGAAUGCUGCUUAUAUUGUGAGGUUAUAGUAUGUUCAGGAGUUCAAGUAGCUUUGUAGUUUCAUUACCUGUUGAAAAUUUGUGUAAAUGCUUCACAACAGUUGUUCACUUUUGCUCAUGGGAGAUUCUAAUCUUUCAUUGCAGCUCUGAAAUGUCUUGAACAUUGCGGUCUUGAAAAGCGUCACAUCAGCAACUAACACGAAAUGUUUAUGUACUUAACUGCCACUGCAAAACACUGGUAUUGUCUUUGUUUGCAAGAUUAUAACAUGAGAUUUCAUUAACUUUCUCAUGUGCUGGUUAUAAAUGUUACCAGUUGUUAAAUAGAUCUUUGAAACAAUAUCCGGACAAUUUUAUUAUUUAAUUACUCUUAUAACCAAAUGUAGAUUAAAAUAAAAUUGUACAAAUAGACAGUUAACCUUUCUGGGUAAUGUUAGUAAGAUUUCUAAUGUGAUUUUAGGAACUUUUCCUUGAAAAGAAAACACAUUGUUGUUUUGUUCUACAUUUAACUUUUUGCUAAACCUUUUUUUAAGUGUAUCAUUUAAUAAAAAAAUAAUAACAUAAAUAUGUAUACACUCAUAUACUGUAUAUAUGUGCUGAAAAUGUAGUUGAGAGAAAGGUGAUAUAUGACAUGCCAUGUCAGUGACAGAAAGGUGAGUGUAUAUUUGUGUGCUUGCAUCUGAAAUGCUGCACUAUAACUGCAAAUUUUAGUUUAAGUUUAAGUAUAAUUAACCCAGCUUUAUUUUUUUUAUUGUUGAAUUUGCUUAAGUUGUUAAUUUGGUUGUUAGAUGUCUAUUUUGUUACUUUAGUCCUUUAAGAUUGUGUAAUGCAAUUCCUUUAGAAUGUUUCUUUAGUUGAUUUUCCUUUAGUUCCUUUACUUUUUGAAUUUCCUUUAGAAUAUUACUUAGUUGUUAGUUAUUUGUUUUUGCUAGUAUCUGUAAAUCAUGUGCUGGUAAAUAUCAUGGGAGGUGUAAAAGUGUGAAGUAAGACAGCCAAAUAAUAAGUGAACUUAUUCUAAAACCAAGUGAGAAAGAAAAACUAAGACGUGGUUAAAUGCCUAUACAAUUAUAGCUUUGGCACCUUGUCUAUUCUCCUGCAGACUGUGGCUCAUUAAGGCCAAACAAGAGAAGAGGAGAGAGAGAGAGAGAGAGAGAUCGUGUCACCAGAGUGUGUUCUACAGUUAAAAGAGGGAACAAUAACAGAGAAUGGGGAGAUAAUCAUCAAAAAUUUCCCUAGGCUUUUCACCCCUCAAGAAAAGAGCUUUCUUUUCAAUCGAUUAGCAUGAUGCCCUCCUCCAAGCAGUUCCCAUCUUCCUGCUCUCAGGUCUACUGGUGUUUUAAUCCUGCUAGAGAUCAAAUUCCACAGGUAACUUCUUGUUCUUCAGGUUCUUCCUGCAUCAAAUAAUUAACAGAAAUCCUAAUUAAUUCAAAUAUAACAAAAAAUCGAAUACAUUUGAGUCCUAUGGUAUAUAAUAACCCAGGUCACGCUGGAUAAAUAACCAUUACGGAUUUUAGUCACUGAAACAGGGUAUGACUCAGUCUCUGUACUGGCACUGGGCAUUUUCACUUUCUUACCUUCUCACCAAGUUUCCUGUGACCUGUAUCUGACCUGACCGACUUUUUUUUUUUUUUUUUUACUUUUCUGUGAAACAAGUUUAGUUAUUCUCAAACUUUCCAUUAUUAUCUCUAUGCAGCGACUUCAGGCUCUUCAUGGCCUUCCCCUGAGACUGUGGGAAAGUGUGCUGCUAAAAGCACCCAUGCAUUGUCAUGUUAAUGGCUCAGGGUGGUGGUUUGGAGGGGAGGUUUUCGGCAGCUACACGUUUAAAACGAGGUUGCAGCAUAAUUUUCCCAGCCUAGCAGGCACCAUUAGUUUAGACUUAUGAGAACGCAUCGACUCGAGAAAGCGAACUCUUCCGUUUUACAUUGCGUCAGAAAUUAAGCAGAGCUAUGACCGCUUCGAAUCUCGGCAACGGACCAGAAAAGAGCUUCAACGCCAAAGAGGAGCGCAAGUAAUCAUUGGUGUAAACAAACUUAUAUUUUAGCUUCGAAAGCCUCUGAUAGAGAAGAGACGUAGAGAACGCAUCAAUUCCAGCUUGGAGCAGCUCAAGGGUAUUAUGGUGGAUGCUUACAAUUUAGAUCAAUCAAAACUUGAGAAGGCGGAUGUUCUGGAGAUAACUGUGCAACACAUGGAGGGUCUUCAGAGAGGCCUUGGACCAGCAGCCAGUCAGGGAGCUAGUGUGGCUUUUGAAUCUCGCCAACGAUACAGUAGUGGUUAUAUCCAGUGUAUGCAUGAGGUGCAUAAUUUGCUCCUUAACUGCCCUGGCAUGGACAAAUCACUGGGUGCUCGUCUUCUGAACCACCUGCUGAAGGCUCUGCCCCAAAUCAGUGGGGAGAGUGGUGCCACGGGCAGUGCUGCCACCAGCAGUCCUCUUCCUCUUCCCACCUCGCCUACAAAUUCUCCACUGGCUCUUCCCUCCUUUCAAUCCCGCUCUCUACAACUACACACCCCUCCCUCUCCUGCGAGCCCCCCCUCACCCAGCAGCCCCCACUGCUCUCCUGGAAUUCUCUUGCAGAGAGAGGGGGCUGGCAUGAGGCCCUCCCCACCUCGAUCACCCUCCCCCCAACCUUUAGCCCCUUCUGCCCUUCCCCCUGCCUUCCCAGGGGGUGACCCUUCUAUGUGGAGGCCGUGGUGAAGAAGAGAAACCCUCUACCACUUUUCACUUGUUCUGUCCCCCCUUCUUCCACUCUUCCCUAAUAGUGUCCAUUACAUCCUCAUCUCCUGGGAUGUUUGAGUGCUGGGCCUUUUCACUCUGAGAGCAGAGAGGUCACCGAAUAAUAGUAGGUCUCUGAGCCCCUGGGGGUUUUGUGGCAUCGUUUGAAGCACUAUUCUUUAUGGUUGAUUUACUACGGUGUGGGCUUGUUUGGAAAUUUGAAAAACAAAAGGGAGCCACGACCAAGGAUGCUCACUUAGAACUGAGCCCAUGAGAAAAAGAAUUGUUGCUUCAUUACUUGAUGGUAAUGUUAUUUUGGUAAACCAGGAAGCAAUGUACUUUGCUUAUUUGUAUUUCAUUUUGAAAACCUUUUCUUUACUUCUUAUGAUUUUUCUUUUCAUUAUUUUAGUGUGGCCUUUUCACUAAAGUUUAGUGUGGCCUGAAGGCUUUUACAUGAUACCUCUGAUUGCUAGUGACUGGUUUCUGUAACAAAAUAAUGGGCGUGUGUUGGAAUGUCCUGGAUAUAUUGAGUAUGUAAAUAUAUGCCUGAAACGCCAUGACCUCUGAUACUUUUUUGCUGACAAUAGAUGUUUAGACUUUACUGGUCCCCAGUUGUCUCACUUGAAGCAUUUUGUAUACAAAGUCAGGUUCAGGUGCAACAAAUACACUAUUUAGAUGCCCAUUCUGUGUGCUGGGUAUCAGAAAAUGCU